ACUAGCUGUAGGCUUGAACUCUUUCUUCAUCAUAUUUCGACAAUAUACGAAGUUUGGAUAAUGAGUAUUGAGUGUAUAUGCAGGGUAGAAGGAAAAAGAAGCUGUUUUGGGUGUCAGCCAUUGCUCCUCUCAUAUCUGUCAUUCUCUCCACUUUGAUAGUGUUUGUGUCAAGAGCUGAUAGACAUGGAGUUAAGAUAGUUAAGGAAGUAAAAGAAGGGUUGAACCCAAUCUCUGUUCAUCAGCUGCAAUUCAACAGCUCAGGUGUUGGCUUAGCUGCCAAAUCUGGCCUCAUUGCUGCCAUCAUAGCUCUCACAGAAGCGAUGGCUGUUGGCCGAUCCUUCGCCUCCAUUAAAGGCUACAACAUUGAUGGGAACAGGGAGAUGAUUGCUAUGGGCUUCAUGAACAUUAUAGGCUCUCUAACCUCUUGCUAUGUAGCCACUGGUUAGUUUUA